UUAUAGUAAAAGUGUCACUUAAACAUUAUUAUUCGAUAGUUAAACGCAGACAAAAUUUUGUUCCGAAUACUCCAGAAAGUUUCAGGAAACGUAAAUGCAUAAAAACUGUUUCUCUUUGCGCCCCUUCCUUCGGGGAGUCGGUGAUCUGGGUGCAGUUUGUAAACCCAUUCGAGAAUUUCGCAACUCGGCUGCUUUGAAAUAUGCUGCUGCUGCUGCAGCUCCAAAGACACGUCCUGGAAAAGUUCCUCCAAAAAUGGUCAAAUUGAGGAAGCAAUUUCAGGCGGACAACGAUUUACCGAUUUUUCUAAAAGGCGGCAGUAUGGAUAACAUAUUAUACAGACUUACCUGGGUGCUCUGCUUCCUCGGCAUAGGUGGCGAUGUUUGGUUGUGGCUUGGCUAUAUCAUUGCCUAAAAUGAACAGAGAUCAAGCAAACAAGCCCAUAAGACACAAAUACUCAAUACACGAAUGCAAAUACGAAUUGUAACGACACAUACAUUAGUUAACUAGUAUCGUUUCUGUACAUAGGUAGUUCAAAUACGGAAAAUCAAUCAAUAUAAUAAUAAUAUUGUGCAUUA